AUGUUGUACCAUUGUCAUGGAAAAAAAAGUCAUGGAUGCAGUGAAGGAUGGUACGAGGGGAUAGUGAAUUCCUACUCCCAUCAGACUGUCACCGCUGGCCAGGCAGCGGAGCAAUAUAUCGAGGUCUGCUAUGUUGAUUGCCUACCUCGCACCAUCAUUACCACCAGAACAUACCAUCACAGGCCGCUGCGUCCAAUCCGCUUCUAG